CGUGGCGAAACGUGGAUCCGCCAAGUCGAACUCGUGGAAAAUCUGAUGCAAACCCUCGAUGUUCAACAACAAAACCAAACAUUGUAACUCCACGUAACAGUUACCUGCGAGAACUGACAAACUAGUUUGCCCCGGAUAGUAAUGCACACAUUAUAGACGACGUUUCUGUCCGACAAAGUGAUUUCCUGUGAACGUUUCAAAUAUUGCCUGUAGUCUCCCUGUGAGAUUCAAAACACAAACGGCGCCACUGCAUGGUCAUCUUGAUUGACAUCAGUCUAUUUACGCUCCCCCAUCAGUGACAUUCAAUACAGCUUCCCCCAUCAGUGACAUAACUCCACAUAUCCUACCCAAUGACGAUGCUGCUGCAAAGCAUCAAGGUAGUCAACCUGAUGGUGCUGAUGCUGUUCCUGGGAUGUGCCUUCUACAGCCUGUGUGUGCACAGCGAGACCCCCCCAGGCAGAGAGGGGGCACUUACAGUCGUGGAGACGGAAGAGGAGGACAAUGAUGGAAUAAUAUCCAUAGAUGAAAACGGAGAGGACGAAGGAGAAAAGACGGAAAAGGAAUAUGAUGUCUUCUAUCCAACAAAAGAAUGGCAAACCGUUAAAAAAGGUCAGGCCAUACCAAAGGGGCUCCAUGUCAGGAUGAACUUUCAGACCGGUUUGACGGAAGCCAAACUUAACGAGGAUGACAGUGGAAAUAAAUUCUGGCAGGCCGGAUCUCAUCAAGGCAUUGUGAACACCGACAAGAAGUCGUUUACCCGAGACGAGUUGAAGCGUGCACUGAAGGACUUCAAAUCUCACGCCGACACCAGCGGCCAGGAUCCCAAGUCAGCAGCCGAGGCUAAGAAGAAGUUCAAGUCAUACGAUGAUUUAAAGAAGGACUUUGAGGAGAUGAACAUCGCCAUGAAAACUGACAGUGAGAUAAUCAGCGAUCUGUUGGAACGCUUCAAGAAAGUCGGUUCAGACAAUGAUGCCAAGCAGAAUGUUCUGACAGAACUUGAGUAUCAUCUACAUAAGAUUGACAACGCCCAGCUGUUCAGCGCCAUGGGCGGCAUGUCGCUCCUUGUUUCCAGUCUCAAUGACACCAGUGACAGGAUCCAGGCGGAGGCAGCCCUCGUCCUCGGCUCGGCACUACAGAGCAACCCCAAGGUUCAAAUAUCUGCUAUGGAACAUGGCGCUAUGCAUCAACUGAUCAAGAUGUUGUCCAUUACGUCGUCCACCACCCUGCAGAAGAAGACGCUGUUUGCGCUGUCCUCCCUUGCCAGACACUUCCCAUAUGCCCAGAAGAAGUUCCUGGAGCUAGGGGGACUUGCUGCACUAAAGAAGUUCUUCGAAGAUUCCAGCAUGAAUGCUCAGAAGCUUCAGAUAAAGGCUCUGACAUUUCUCAAUGACCUGCUGGUAGAGAAGGAGUUGAGUGAGAAGUAUACACAAGAUGAGAACAGUGUUGACGUUGAGAGACUGAAGCAAUAUAGACAGUUCAACCUCAAGUCCUCCAUGAGGGAGAGUGGGUGGUGUGAGCUGGUACCCCAGCUACUGACUGCCCCCGACCAUGAUGCCAGAGAGAAGGUGCUCCACGCCAUGAUCACCCUCGUGUCCGAGUGUCGGCAGACCUUCACCUCUGCCGUCACCGACCUGGAACAGCUGAAGAGCGAGUAUAAGGCUCUGGCCCGGGAUGAGAAGGACGACGGUGAUGAUUAUUUUACUGGACUGGUUCAGCUGGUGACCACCAUGUUGUCUACUGUUAAAGUCAGGGAUGAACUUUGAAUGUCUCCGGUUCUUUGAGAUCGGACAUGGGGAGGAUAUUGAAGACGGAGAUGAUUACAUUUUACCACUAUAUUGUCAACUAUUCAAGUCUUGGAUGAACUUUGAACAUCUCUGGUUCUUGGAGAUUUACCAUAGGGAAAAGGUUUUGCACAAUGGUUUUCUACAAUUUUGGCUAAACAGCAAGUUUAAAGAUCAAGAAAAGUAAUCUGACAUGUCUUUGUUUUUUAAUAUUCUUCCCACCAGGAUCAGAAAUUUUCUCAAACUACUUUGUAAACCAGUGAAUUAAGAUGGUGUGCCUGACUGUGAAGUAUGAAUGAGUGCACAGUUUGAUGCAUGGAUCAAUCAGAUUGUAUCUGAAUUGUUUGUGGUGUAAUGUUUGAGUUUGUGGUGUAAUGUUUGAGUAACACCUUCAUAACACAAUGCAUAUUUCUCUGCCUGUGUAUUGGAGUUAAAUAGUCAUAGAGCUACAGUAGCUUUGUGAGUGUAACCCUGGGCAAACAAAGGGUUCCAAACACAGGGAUUUAUCUAGGAUUCCAAACUAACUUCCCCUAGCAGAAAAAUUGGGGAAAAUCAUUAGUUUGAGGUAUUUAAAAGGCAUUUAGAAGUGAUACACAUAAGGAAGAGAAUAUAUGGAUGUCAACUUCUUUAUUAUGACGAACACAAGAAGAAGUUGACAUCCAUAUAUUCUCUUCCUUAAUCAUUAAUUUGUUCUAAAUUGGGAUUUUUUUAAAAGAUUAUAUUUUCCUAAAGUUAGAGGAAUUUUGACAUUAAAAUUUAACAUUGCACUCAAGGCAAUAAUCAUCAAAAUAAAUUUUCAAACCUCUUCCUGUUUUGUGGUCCUGAUCAGUGAAAUAGAAGACACAAAGCCAUAACAGCAUUAAUUGGAAUUGUUUAAUUCCAGUUUGGAAUAUUUUACUAACAUUUGCUCCAGACUCUGGACCGAAUAUCAGCCUCCAAGCAGAUCUCAAUUUGCUUGCAGAUGGCAUAAUAACCUAGCAAUUAUUUUGGUAUUAUUCUUUUUAGGAAAGUGUGAACUGUUUUAUGUGUAAAAAUGAACAGCAUAUUAUUUGAUCAGCCAUCAGAGACAAAGAACACCAGAAUCAACAAGAAAUAUGUGUGAUUGUGUUCCAGAGUUCUGGUCUUAUGUUUGGGCAUGCAUGGGUGGGAUAAGUUUUGUCCAUGCUGCCAAGGUUCGAUUUGAAUUUUUUUGUUUUGAUGAGAAUAUGUUUGGGGUCUGAACAAUUCCUUAAUUUUUCUUUCAAUAAAUGUACAUGUACUUGCAAACCUGGAAUGACCAUUAGUCAACCAUGAAACAACUAGAUAGGCAGACUGUAAUCCCAGGGUUUUUGUGAAACGAAACAUUGCAUUGUAUAUGCAAAUAUUGGUAGAUUAAAAAUAGGCUUAAAAAUAUCCCCUGCGAAACUCAUUGAGUGCAAAUAUGUAUGUUCUGUAUGUUGCACAUGUUUUCAUUAUUUGACUUGUAGAAUCGGUCUUCAGCAACCCAUGCUUGCAAUAAAAGGCUACUAUGCUUGUUUGUAAGAGGCCACUAACGGGAUCGGAUGGUCAGGCUUGCUGACUUGGUUGA